ACCACGCGAGGAGGAGGUGAAACCGUUGCGCCACCGUCGCGUGUGGAGUUGUCGUCGCUGACGAGCCCGGCGGCUGCCCAGUUACGUCACCGUCAUGAAGUCCUCGCCGUUGUCUUUUCCUUUGCAAAUCGUUGCCAUCAUUGGAACAGAGGGCGAGAGAGAGAGAGAGCUCGCGGUGGGGAAAAGGGGAGGCGUCGCCGUUCUGCGCAAAGCUACCGCCGCCGUCGCGUGCUCUAUCACCGCUGUUGCUGGGAGCUGCCGCCGAGAAAACGCCUUUACCACCGCUUUAUUCCGGCAUCCUUCCUGAGCCCGGUUGCCAUUGAACCACCGGAGUUUUUGGCCGUUGUCGAAGCUGCCGCCGAGUCAGUUCGGGAUUGCGGCUGCUCAGUUCUGCUGUUAUCGCAUCGGCAUCUCACAAACAGAACUAACAUGACAUCGGAUAGAUCGUCCAAGUAUACCGACGACUCAACGACCUUCAUGAAGACUAAGGCCAGACUGAUAUGUAGCUACUCUAAUUUUGUUAUUAAUUUAGUUAUAUUCUUUGACAUAUCAUUAGUAGGCAUCCUAACAUAUUGUUUCAAUGCAACAUGUGUUGUCGAAGUUGUUAGAUUGCUAGGUGACAUUGGCGGAGACCUUCAUUUACACCCACAUUUUGAAGGAGAACAAAGAGAGAUUUGUUUAUCAACGGAGUCCUACAUUCAAAGAUUGGAGGCCGCAACUGAGCAAUCUCAGCAAAGUGGGGAGGAGGUUAGUGGCUCUGUUACUUCAGUCGUCGAUCCUAAUGCGAUUUGGCACGAGACUGCCUCAGCACCGUGCAAGAACCGCGUAUACAGGUUUGGGUUGUUCUUCGUCAGCAGUUUCUACACCUCCACGAUGAGGCCAUAGUCCACCUCUAUCACCAGUCGAGUCGUUGAUCCCAGGGAAGGUAUUGAUUUGAGGCUGCAAGUGCAGGAGCUCACCCAGAGUCUUUAUGAACAGACUCAGGAGCUGAACGAAACUUGGGAGAGGUUUCAGAAGAUCCUCAUAUGCAUGACGGACACGGAUAAGCUCAGACUGGAGUGAAAAGAGCAACUGAAGCGACUUCAGCAGAUGGAGCAGUAGAUAGCGAUGUACCAGGCCUAGAUGCACGUCAGUGGCAGUGGUGCUGCUGGUGGCAGCAGUGCUACUGGUGGGACACAUACAUCAUCGCCUUCUCCACUACCUUAGCAAGACUACGGGAAUGACGACAACGACGACUACCAGAAUCUUUAGUGAUUAGGGCUAUGUUUUAAUGUUUCAUUGUAUUUGAUUUAUUUGAAUUU